CGACUUCACUGAUUGCUGUUCUCCUUUUGCCGAAGCAGGAACGAACAUGAAUUAAAUGAAGGAUGUAUGUCUUUUGGGAUAUAUCUCUGAUUGUUCAAGCCUAUUUUAUCUGCGCGUCAUCAGCUCAGCCUAUUUCAUCCAAGCUUCAUGAUGGUUGGUGGGCAUACAAGGAUGUUGUCCAGGGAAGCUUCGUCCCAGUCCCGUCAUUCUGGGGUCUAGUGAACUCCGCCUGGAACCUGUGUGCCAUGGGGAAGAGGCAGUCGCCCAUCGACAUAGAAACCAGUCGUAUGAUAUAUGACCCCUAUUUGACCCCACUCAGAUUCAACACGGGAGGACGCAGGAUGGGAGGUACAAUGUAUAACACAGGGAAGCACGUGUCCCUGCGGCCAGACAAAGCCCACCUGGUGAACAUCUCGGGUGGGCCGUUGGGCUACAGCUACCGACUGGAGGAGGUUCGCCUCCAUUUUGGGAGUGAAGAUUCCAUGGGCUCAGAGCACCUCCUCAAUGGACAGAGCUUUCCUGGAGAAGUUCAACUGAUCCAUUAUAACCAGGAUCUGUAUGCCAACUACAGUGAAGCAGCCAGGAGCCCCCAUGGUAUCGCUGUGGUCUCCAUCUUUAUCAAGCUCUCAGAGAACUCCAACGCAUUCCUCAACCGCAUGCUGAACAGAGACACCAUCACCAGAAUUAACUACAAACAUGAUGCGUUCUUAUUGAUGGGUCUGAACAUAGCGGACCUGUACCCUGACACCACGCGCUACAUCACCUACGAGGGCUCCAUCACCAUCCCUCCCUGCUAUGAGACCUCUACGUGGAUACUCAUCAACAAGCCCGUGUAUGUCACACAGAUGCAGAUGCACUCUCUGCGCCUCCUCAGCCAAAAUGAGCCCUAUAAGAUCUUCCUCAGUAUGAGCGACAACACACGGCCGACCCAGCCCCUGCUACAGCGCUGCAUCCGCACCAACAUCAACUUUAUCAAGCAGGGACGUGACUGCCCCAACAACCGUGCCCUCCGACCACAGUACAGAGGUAAAGAGAAGAAAGAGAUAGUGAAAGAAAUGAAGAAAGAGCAAUAG